AAAAAGUUAAAAAAAAUUUGGAUUUUGGAAGAGUGCCGUGGGAAUUGGAUUUCCUAGGAUGGUAAGAUGUUCCCACGGUUCAAGAAUUGUCAAAUCUUUGUUAACUAUCGAUCAAAAUAGUUCUACAUAAGAAUGGCACAGCUUCCGAUUGAAAGUAAAUAUGAAGAUGUUUCAAACGAUCCUCUGGUUGAGGCAGAGAAGAAAAGUUAUUCAGCCUGCUCCUCCCUGGAAAACUCUCCACUGUUCGACAGAGAGGGCAGUCUGCGAUAUAGUGCAAGUUCCAAGGAUGAAUUCUGGGAUGCCCUUAGUUCAAAUUAUGAUUACUUGAUGGAUGAUGGACUCAUUGCUACUUGCAGAGAAGCUAGCAGUGACUUAUCUUUGGAUGAUGAAAGUGAGAUGCCAGAAGCUUGCUGCUGGACUUUCACUCGCUUCAUCGAACAGUUCAAAUGGUUGCAUGAUCUUCUGCACAACCUGCAGAUCGCCAAAGAUGAUGACAGCCCAGAAAAAAGUGCUCGAAUCUUUGAAGAACAGCAGAAGAUUGCUUACCUGUGUAAACUAUUCAAUGAGCAGGCUCAGAAGCUGUGCAAAAGAUAUCCAGAUAUGAAAGAUGAGGUUCAGCGACGUCUUAACCUACUUAACAACAAGUGGAAAGCAGUGGAACAAUCUAUUAAUCCUAAUAUAGUUAAGUCUCCUUCUAAAGAUGGAAUGUUUGAAGAGAUCACCAGCCGCAUGUGUGGUCUGCGCAAGUGGCUGCGUGAACUGGAAAAUCGCUUGUGCCCUAUCUCUUCUGCAGCUUCAUGGUCAGUGGAUGUUCUGGAAGAGAAUUACAAACUACAGUUGGCUCUCCAGAAAGAUAUUGAAGGCAUAGGCAAAUAUGUGUCUAUUCUUUUGAAAUUGUGUGAGCAUUUGAAAGGCAAUAUACCUUUUGGACAGAAUGCACUUAUGACCUGGGAUGCUGAUAGGGUUCGCAAAGUCGCAAAGAAUCUUGAGCACCGGUGGCAUUCGAUUUGGCUCAAGUCUUUAGAGCGGCAGUGUAUUCUAGAGCAGCUACUUGGAAGCUCUAAUACUGGCUGUGAGAUAUUAGAGAAGAGUUUUUCUGAAGAGCCUCUCAAAAAAUAUCCAAGGCUUGGUGACAACAUUGAAACAAUUGCACAGAUUGAAAAUGAAUUGAAAGGUCAGAUGAAUCUCCUUUUAGACAAAGAUUCCUUAAAGAACAGUCUAACUAUACAAACAAAUGAAAUCACCUUAAAAAACGAUAAGGCAGUCAUGGUGGGAAGCACUGGCAUUGCACAACUUAAAGCAGAUUGUGGUGGAGGAACUGGGAAGUUUGAAAUCAUUCAAGAUAUUGGAUAUUCCAGUGAAACUUCUGCUCAUUUAUCCACUGAUGAGAAGACAGAAAGUGCAGAUUUUCAGGAAUGUUUUUCACCCAAUCUCCAACCAAAAACUGCUCUUUCUGGUGAUAGAUCUGCUGUCAGUAGAAUGUAUCUUCCACCUGACAAGUAUCCAUCUGUAAGUCUCAAGACACUCAACAUUUUAUCUGAAGAUCGAUCACUAUACAACUCUAAACGUGAUGACUGUAAGAGUGUUCCAAAUUCGUUUUAUAAAGUGGCUUGUAUUGAUGAUGAUGUUUUUGAUGAUGCAGUGAAAGCACCAGGAGACACUGAGAAAAAAAAUGUUACAGAUGUUUUAAAUAAAACAAAGAUGGCAAAUGAUUUAAAAUCAGAAGAGGGAGCUGCCGUUAAUGUCACUCCCAAGACUCAUAAACCUGUUGAAAAAUCUAAGGCCAAAAAUUUAUCUGCAAGCUUAGAAAAUGCAGCAUCUAUAGGAAGACAGGUCAUUAUUCAUCCAGAAAAUGGUCAUACUGCUCAAAAGAAAAGCAGAAAAGGUUCCAAAGAUGCUGCUAAAUAUGGUGUAAAUGCCAUUAACUCUCAUGAAUUAUUGGAAAAAAGUGCCAGGGUUUGUGAAUGGUUGAAAAAAUGUCAUUCAGGUGAUGAUGCUACGUCAGAUGAUAACAUGGACAGCAGGGAAAAGGUUGGAAAAAGUGACUGGUCUCAAAAAGCAGUUAAUAGUUCAUGUGAUGCUAGUGGAGAGUGUACCACAACAGAAUCAGAUAGUGAAAGAUCAAAUGCCUCAGAUGUUAAUAACAGUGUAACUCUCUCACAGUCAUUUACAGGUUCUAUUGAAACAGUCAUUCCAGCUCCUCGAGAAGAUAUUACAGCUACAAAUAAUAACCAGGUUACAAAUGUGGAACCUUCUCCUGGUGUUCGUAUGAGGAAAAAAAAGCGAAGUACCCGGGAUCGUCCAUGGAGUGUUGUUGAACUGAACAGAUCAGAACUGUCUUCAGCAACUGUCCCUCACUCCACAUCAGAAGGUGCACUGAACUUGCUUUAUUGUUCACAAGAUUCUGCAAAGUCAGUGUCAAAGAAAUUUUCCAAGAAUAAGCGUCGCUCAUUAACUGACAUAUCAAAUCUGUGUUCCCCAUCUUCUAGAGGUCAGUUAUGGAGGCAAAAAAGUUUUAAUGAUCCACCUCCACAACCUUCAUCCAGUUUGGAGCAACUCAUUGCUGCCAAGAAAGGAGGUUCUGUCAGUGACUAUAGUUCAGACAAUUGCAAAACUCUUUUGGACACCACACUGAAAGCAGAACCCAUUGAAAUCUCUAGAUGUAUUGAUACAUUUGGAGAUGUACAGGUUAUUCUAUCAGAAACCAACAGCUUGCCAGAAACUGUAGACACAGAUACCAUUGGAGGAACUGCAAGUGCAGAAGAUCAGUGUUCCAUAUCAGAUCAGGCUUGGGAUGAGUAUCAAGACCCUCCUUACUUGAGUGAGCCCUACUCUGAGCAGACAGUGGAUGAGGAUGAAGUGAGGAAACUAAUAAGCUUUGGAGAUGAUUAUCGAGCUAUUCUUGACAGUUAUUCAGAUGCUUCGUCCAUCAGUCUCAGAGUCCCUCCAUUGAAACAUCGGAAAAAGUCUUUGGCUAAAAGCAAUGGGCAUUUGUCAUCUGAUUCCAACUCAGAUUCUGAGGAUUUUCAUCAUAUACUGGAAACCAGCUCCAAAGCUUUUCAGUUUGUGAGCAAUAGUAUAAAAGAAAGUUCUAAUAAAAUGUCAUCCUUAUCAUCAGAAUUUGCUGAAUUAGUGGCCACUUGCCAAACAAAUCUUCGGCAUUUAAAUGAAGUUGCAACUGCUGGGGGAGAGUUGGAAUCUGUUUCCAAAGAAGAUAUUGGCCGACUUAAAGACUUGAUAAAGGAUUGGGAAGAACUUGAGAAGAAAGUGCUGGUCUUGUCCAGAAGCAAUAAACCAAACUCUUUUGACUUGGAGGCUGCUACUGGGGAUGUCCAUUCUUCCUUAGCAUCCCUCAAGGAAAAAUUGGGAAAUAUGUCUGAACACGCGAAGGAUGCAUUUGAUACUGCCAUGUCUUUAGAGCAAGUUACUGCUAACAUACAGAAUCUGCAGACUAGUCUGUCAACUCUUCAAGAAAUGAAAGAGUCAGUACUUUCUAUCAAUGCUCGUAUUUUACGUUUGAUAGCAGAUGGGGGUCAUUCUUUAACAUCUCUAAAAGAAAAUGCUACCAAGCUGUACCAACAGUGGGAAGAUGUUUAUGAACUUAAUUGUUCUCAGCUGACUAAACUACUGAAUCUUCAAUCACACUGGGGUGAGAGUACUGAAGGCCAUUUGAAUGAAGAUCUGGAAACUACAGUACAAUGGCAACCUGUACAAGUUGGAAGCAGCUUGCCCAAAGCAGAAGUAACACAUGAGGCUCUACAUCCAAUUACAGCUGCUGAAGUGCAAGUAGCUGAUCAGCAUGAUGUAGUCUUUGAAAUUGAGAAUGACACAAGCAAAGCCACUAUUCAGUGUGUGCUCGUAGAAAGCACUCGAGAGGAAAUGAUGGAACCUUUGCUGCAUUGGAAUUUGCCAGUACAAAGAAUGAAUGCUAAUGUUCUAGAUGAAGAUAUUCCUGAUGUGAAACCAGAGCACAAGACUUGCCACCCCACAGCUUCCAAGCGAUCAUGCUUAUGGCGCACUCUCCAGGCAGCAUUCCCCAUCCAUUUGGCCUUGGUCAUUCUCUAUUGUCUGUCUUGCUAUAUGGAGCCUCAAUGUUGUGAGAAUAUUAACAACUAUGAUUUCUCCAUCUUGCCGAAACUCACAUUUCCUAAUGGUCCUCCACCUGUCUGAGUUUUGCAAAUUCUGUACUUAUUUUAGCUCUAGUAGCGUUUGAGAGGGAAUCCAACAAGGCAGCGAAGCAUGAUCGCUGGUCUAGGUUGUGCUGCACAAUCUAUUCGUGUAACAGUUGUAUUUUGUCCGUGCUAAAAGGACUGGGUUUUUUAUAUGAUUACCCUUAUGUUUACUUAAGAACUGAAAAAUAACUAAAGACAAUCAAAAUGUUACUAAUAUGUGUAUUUAAAAUCAACCCUAGAUUCUUUUUUUAAUACUUUCAACUUAAAAUUUGUAUCAUUAAUAAAAUUAAGUUGCUGUAAUUAAAUUAACUAUCAUAUAUAGAAUAUAUUUUUGAAAUAGAUAUUAUAGUAAAAGUGAUCCAAAAUAUAUACUUCUAGAUUAAAAAGAAGAAAAACCUGAAAAUAAGUUUUUACUGCUUCCUAGGAUCAUUUAAAGUUGGUGUUUUUGUUAUGCAAAUGUGGGAAUCAUAUAUUAAACCUUUUUCAUCUGUUGUGAGAAAUAUGUAGUUGUCACAUAUCGAGUUGCAAGUUGAUAUGAUCAGUUGUGUAGCUUUGGCCUAUUUGUAAGGCCACAACUGUUAUUUAAUUGUCUUUGACUAUAUCAGUCUAAUGAUUCGGAUAUUUUUGAAAUGUAAUGAAUCAUUUUUUAUUCUUUCCAUUAUUGUAACUCUAAAUUUUUUUAUUGAAAAAUUGAAUUUAUUAAUAUAUUUUAACUUAAAUUGAUUUUCUUUAUAAUUUUUUUUAAUUGUUCUUUUGGGUUGAAUUACAUUAUUCUACGUUUUUGUUUUCUUGAUUCUAGAAAUAAAAAUAAUAAAAUUUUGAUUAUAUAAAAUAGAUAUGUAACUUGAAGGUUUAAAGUUUCAUUGUUUAAUAAAGUUUCAUUUAUUAACACUAAACAUACCAUGAAAGGUCAGAUGACCAUUUUCAAAUAUGUUAGAAAUAGCUGCAAACACAGUGGCUGUGUUAUGUUUAUUGUUAAUAGAAUAUUGAAGGCACAGCUGAAGUGCACUUACAUUGUGACUACAAAUUUUAGAAUAUUGUAUUUCAGUUGAAUAUAUUUUUAACUGAUGCACUGAAAUUUAAGUUUUGCAGUUGCCAAAAGAAAUCAUUAAUUAUUGUCUAAAAAAUGGGAAGUGUUUUGUUACCAGCUUUUAAUUGGACGAUUUAAAAUGGCUGAUGGGAAAACCUAAAUUUAAAACAUUACCACAUAAAGUGUUCAAAAUCAGAACAAAAUCCCCAACUUAAAAAUCUCUGCACCAUCAUGUGAAAUCUGAGAACUGUAUGGUUUGUUUGCAGUUGUACCUGAAUUGAAAAAUUGCAGCUAUAAUUUAUUGUUUUAUGGUACCUUAUGAUAUUGUAUUUACCUGCAUUCAGAAUCAUAUGUUCUCUUUCAGUUUAAAUCAUUUUCCACCACAAGUGCCAAAAAGAAUUUUGCCUCCACCAAUUGAGGCUUAGUGAUCUGAUCAAUGAUAUCAGAAUAGUUAUUAAUUCUUUUAGAAAGUGUUUGUCUGUAGAAUUAAAUGAUGCUGGGUACAGGGUUUCCAUUUGUUUAUAAUAUUUUUUUUUAUCUAUGGUUUCUUCCUUACACCAAUAUCAAAUUAUUUUUAUGUUUUCCAAUUAUUCAAAGCACGCUUUGCUGAUCAAAAAUGUAUCGCUACAGUAUCACUGUACCAACUAGUCAAAAUUCUAAUGCCUCUCUAAUAAACUUGCUCAGAUUUUUUUAAUACUAUAUAGAAAUACAUAACCAAGCGGAACUCUUCUGUCAUGUGUCACUGACUCAGAAUUUCUAGUCAUGAAAAUUUAAUGGAGAUAAUGUGCAAUGAGGCAACUUUGCUAAUAAAUUUGCUAUGCCUAUUUAUUUAAACAAUCUCUUUGUCAGAAAGUGUGUAUCAAUUUAUUUUUUUUUUUUUUUUUUUUUUUUGUUUGUUUGUUUUAACAGAGUAAUUUUAUGGGUCCUGUUCAUGAAAAAUUCAACCACAAUAAUGUAAUGCAUGAAAAAUAAUAAAAAGUAACAAAAAAUAUAUAUACUUUUUUUCGCACAUUUGUUUCCAUUUCAAGAAACAAUUUUUUAUUGGAUAUUUCUAUUGGAAAUCAAAAACUAUAUGUUUUUCAUUUUCAUUCUAGAUUUCCAUUGAAAGCUAAUUUUUGUAUUUUAGAUUCUUAAAAUUAUGCUGGAAACGAUCCCCAUCUUAAAAACAAUGGUAACCCUGAAUCUGAGCCUAUAAAUAUAGCCUUAAUGGGCAUUACAGUUGAAUUAAAUAAUUUUUAAUGUACAACAUUCAGUUUGAACAUUCUAUUCAAUGGAAUUCAUUUGAGUGCUUUUUGUAAUCUCUUCCAUUGAAUUGUGGUUUUGUCCAAUAUUCAUUUUGUAAAUAAAUGAACAUUUUUAAUCACAUGAUUUUAUGAAUCAUUAAAUGUAUGUUGGGAGAUCCCCCCCCCCCCCCCCGUCCCUUUAGUGAUAAUGGUAACUGUCAUUUCAGAAUUUUGUGGGUACUUUAGUUAAAUGUUAUAGUAAUCAAUAUUAGUUUUAAAAAGAUUGAUUUUUAAAAAUAGCUAUUAAGUCAAAAAUAUCCUGCUUAAAUAUUUUGAAUAUGAAGGUAAGGGAGAGGCUUUUCUUUGUGGUGCAUUUGUUAUUUUUUUUAUAAAAGUUUAGAUCUUUUUGUGCUAUAAUUUAGAUUUUAUAUUUGAUUUAUUGCAGCCUUGUAUCGAACUGUCUUAAUUCAUUUUGAUAUAAGAAUUUGUUGUGAUAAAGAUUUGCAGCUAGUUAUGCUUAAUAUGGGAAUAAUUUAUAGGUAUCAUAAAUGGAUAGACUGGAAGGUUGAGACUGUGAAGCUAUUAUUAGUGUCUAGAAAGCAUGUUUUGUACUUUUUUUUUUUUGUUACAUGCUGGGAAAUUGUGAUGCAGUGCACAUUCCUAAUAUGCAAUUUUUUUCUAGCUAUAUAUUGCAAUGCUUUUCAUCUGUUUCUGUGCUUUAUUAUUGGAAGUCUUCCAUUUUAUACAUUUAGUGUAUUUUAACUUCAAACAUUUAAUGAUGUGUUUGGAGUUUAUUUAUUUUUUUUUAUACUUAAAGAAAGAACAACUUUGUAUUUGUUGCAAUUGGAACCGAAAUAGGUUUGUAAAAUACAAUUUAUUUGUUAUUUGAUACUUUAGUUAAUUCAGAAUGCACCAGCUGCAAUUUUAAAGUGCUAUUAUCUAUGAGUAUUUAUAUUUAUCUGAAAAUAAACAUAAUUUACAGUUCCAUAAACGUAAAUUAUUUUAAUAAAAAUAAUAUAUGCAUAUAUAUUUCAAAUAAGAAUAUUGGAAAUGAAUUUUUAGUGUGAUUUUGUUGAAGCAACAAAAUGAAGUUUCCUUAUCUUAUGAUGAUGAUAAUUUGUUAAAAAUGCAAUAUACUCGAUUAUUAAAAAUAAUUAUAAUUUUCAAUGGCGAAAGAUCACUUAUUAGAUUUGUAAAUUAAAUCUACUCUAUUUUUUAAAAAUUUCAAAAAAUUUUGAUAUAAAAGUUUAAUUUUAACAGUAUGCAUUUUUUAAAGGUUUAUAAAUUAUUUCUUAAUUCUAUUUUAGUGAUAUUUUUUUAAUUGCUUAGUAAGAUUUUUUUUUUUUUUUUUUUUUUGAGAUGAUGGAGCUGUUUUAUGUUACUUUAGUCUGAUAAAUGUUAACUGUUUUUAUUUUCAUGGUGCGUAUGAAUAGAUUUUGCACAUUUUAAGGAAUCACUUUAAUUUUUCAAACCAGGUUUCUCCAACUUCAUUUCUGUCCACUUCAUAAUUUUGCACAUUUAAGGAUGGUAUUUGAUGCUACCUUUGCAUUAUAAGUUAUGAAUAAAAUUAUUCUCUUUUGUAGUAAUUGCUUAGUAUACUGUUGUUUUUGAUUUUUUACUAUUAUUAUGAUUGCUCCAUACAACUAUAUCCUUUUGAUGCCAAAGCUAAUUUUUAAUUAUAUUUUAAAUUUGCUCAUGUCUUUUUUUGUAUAUUUAUACUAUGUCAAGUUAUAUGAUACUGUCUUUUGUAUUAAAAUGGUAUCAAAAAUAUAUUAACUGCUCUUAAUUUUUUAAGAACUUUUUAUACAAAAUAAUUUGAAAUGUUUUUCACUUAUUAAUUUAAAAUAUUAUUUGGGAUCAACUUUUUAAAAAAUAUUUUUCCUUCAUUUUUUUAUUAAAAUUUUUCAUGUGUAAUAUUUUUUUUUUUUUGUCUUGAAUUUCUUUAAAAUAAUUCAGUUUUCUAAAGUUUGUUAAUAUCAGAUUCAUUUUACACCUUUUUUGGCAUUUCAUACCUGUUGUAUGAGUUGUCGAUUGUAAAUAUACAUUUUUUUUUAUACUCGGUUGUUAUUUAUUCAGUAUUUAUUUUCAAAUAAUAAUGUUAUCAUGUUUCAUGAUAAAGUUCAGGAUAUGUAAUUAUAAAUCCUGGCUUGGGAGCAUAUAUAUGCAAUUUGAAAUGAUAUCAAAACAUGAAUCUUCAAAAUCUACAUUAGUUUGCUCACAGCGCUGUUACUCUUGUAGUAAUCAAUGAUACUUUAUUUAUUUUGCCAAAAACAAGUGAAUAACUUUAAAAGUAUAUUCUAGUCUAAAUAAUUGUGUUGGAUAAAAUUAUAAUAUUUAUUUUAAUAUUUGCAUGUUUGUUGUUAAAUGGUGGGCAUUGAAGGAGGAAAAAUUUAUCUGGUAACCAAAGAUCAUUUCAUUUUGAAAUAUAUUAAUCUGAUGA